AUGACAGAGGUCAGGUGCGCUGUCGGAACCACAGAAGCCUUCCCAAUAGAAGUUGGAUUGCACCAAGGAUCUGCUCUGAGCCCAUUCCUGUUUGCCCCUGAAGGAAGGAGAAUGGAAGCCCCGUGGCAGAUGAUGUUUGCAGACGAUGUGGUACUGUGCGCUAGAGAAAAGGGAGGGGUUCUAGAGGAUAAUCUGGAACAGUGGAGAGACGCUCUGGAAGAAAGAGGAAUGAAAAUAUCAAGAUCAAAGACGGAGUAUAUGUGCUUGAGUGGGUUAUCCUUGGGAAGUGUGAAUCUGCAAGAUAGUCUACUGCCUGUGACUGACAACUUUAAAUAUCUAGGUAGCACGAUACAAUGA